GAAAAAUAAAAAAAGUGAUAUAUAUGGAAGUUGAUGUAUAGGCCAAUAGAUUCAAAUAUCCCUCACCACUCCUAUCUAUCUCUUUUUCUCUCUAUCUCUCUCUCUCUCUUCCACUUUCUUUUUCUUUCCAAAUAUUUACAUAAGAAAAAGAAACUCUACCUAAAAUUGUCCUCCUAUUCAAUUCAAGGACUAAUUUAAUUUUCUCUAGAGUAUUUAUUACAUGAUGUUGUGAAGCCUAGACAAAGCAAUGCAUGAGAUGGCUUUCUUCCAAGCAAAUUUCAUGUUACAAACUCCUCACCACCAUGAUGAUCAUCAUCAACAUCAUCAUCCACCACCUUCACUCAACUCAAUUCUACCUCAAGAUUAUCAUGGGGGACCAUCAUUUCUUGGAAAGAGAUCUAUGUCAUUUUCAUCAGGAAUUGAACUAGGAGAAGAAGCCAAUAUUGCUGAGGAAGAUUUAUCUGAUGAUGGAUCGCAAGCUGGUGAGAAGAAGAGGAGACUUAACAUGGAACAAGUGAAAACACUUGAGAAAAGUUUUGAGCUUGGUAAUAAGCUUGAGCCUGAGAGGAAAAUGCAGCUUGCAAGAGCUCUAAAUUUGCAGCCAAGACAAGUUGCUAUAUGGUUUCAAAAUAGGAGAGCAAGAUGGAAGACAAAGCAGUUGGAAAAAGACUAUGAUGUCCUUAAAAGACAAUAUGAUGCUGUCAAGUUAGAUAAUGAUGCACUUCAAGCUCAGAACCAAAAACUUCAAGCAGAGAUAUUGGCAUUGAAAAAUAGAGAACCAACAGAAUCAAUCAACCUAAACAAAGAAACAGAAGGAUCAAGCAGCAAUAGAAGUGAAAAUAGUUCAGAUAUCAAGUUAGAUAUCUCAAGAACACCAGCUAGUGAUAGUCCUUUAUCUACACAACACCAUACUUUCUUUCCACCUUCAUCAAGGCCUUCAGGUGGAAUUGCUCAACUUUUCCAAACUACUUCAAGGCCAGAACUUCAAUGUCAAAAGAUUGAUCAAUUGGUCAAAGAAGAAAGUUUAAGCAACAUGUUUUGUGGUAUGGAUGAUCAAGCUGGAUUUUGGCCAUGGUUGGAGCAACAACAUUUCAAUUGAAUUAUAAAAAAGGAGAGUUUAAUUUAAUUAAUAUUUGAAUGUAGUUUUUAUUUUUCAAUGUGAAAUUAAAAGGGUGUUAAAUUAA